AUGCGCAUUCCCAUGCUCCAUUGCUCCCAUGCUCCCCCUCUCCCAAACUCCCCCAUACCCUUAACUAAUACAGGAGCAGCCAGUGGCGCGGCAAUCAACACCGUGGGCACGCGGGUGAGCAUCAACGGCCGCGCGAUCACCUUCAACUCGCUGCGCUGCGUCAACAUCAACAUCCCGGCCAAGGCGGCCAAGAGCGCCCGCCGCGGCGGCGGCAAGCAGGUGCAGGUGGCGUGGACGCAGGCGGGCGCACCUGCUGCUUGCCGCGAGAUUCGAUUCUUCUCCAAGCCCGGGGCGAGGAAGAUUGCCAAGCCACUGAAGUCCGCUCGCUGCAUCAUUGCUCAACCCGAACUCGCGCCAACAAACCCUCCAGCUCAACCCAAAACCGCGCCAACAAACCCGGACAUCUGCCAGGCGUGCCCCACGGAAUGCAGGUGCAAUGCAGCCGCAGAAGGCAUCGACCCUCCACCUGAGCCCAUUGAUUCACCAGAUGGUUCAUUGGAUUUUAUAGAGGACGACACUCCAUCCGAACCCUUGCCAGCAGACGAGGACAUCUGCCAGGCGUGCCCUGCGGAAUGCAGGUGCGCUGCAACCUCGGAGCUCGACGACGACUCUUUGCUUGAGCCCAUUGAUACGUCGGAAGACCCACCUCCUGCGCCCUCCCCAACAGAUCCGGAUGUGUGUGGUAACAGCACUCGCAACCCCUGCAAGUAUGGCUCCUGCAUCAGCGGUGGCCCCGGCUCCUACUCCUGUGUCUGCCCGCCCAAUCGCGUCCCAUCCAAAAGCAACGGAUACCCCACCUGUGAUUACGGAUCUUCGUCUCCAACGCUCAAGGUGCAAGGAGACAACUGGCGGUGUGAAGACGUUUAUCCUCUUUAUGGACUCACUCUUGACGAGUUCACUGCACAGAACAAUGGCGUGGACUGCUCUGCUGCCCUCACCCGAGGUCAAACACUCAAAGUGACUGAGAGGGAAGACUUGACCCCUUGCUCUGUCUUCUACUUCAUUCAACCGGGCGACACAUGCGAGUCAGUGGCGGCCUCACUCGCCAUCUCCUCUCUGUCCCUUGAGAACCUCAACCCCGGCGUUGACUGCUCCUCACCCCUGCCCCCGUCGCGCUCCCUCUGCAUUGAGCGGGAAGAUGGGGCGGAUGACGGAAGCGGAGAGUUCUGCAAUACAGCUUACUCGGUCAGCGGCACGAGCAGCUGUGCGCAGGUGGGGAAGGACUUUGAGUUCUCUUCCUUGAUUGAGCUCUACCGGCUGAACCCAGGGCUCGUGUGCUACAGCUCACAAACUGCCAGUCUGGGGGCUCUUUGGCCCAAGAUAUGUACCGAGGCCCUGCCUGUUGGUCUUUAUGGUCAAUGCGACCUGGGAGUACCAAGGAAGUUCAAAGCAGCGGCACCUUGUAGCGGUAUCAUCAACAGGUAUUUCAAAAGAAAAACGUUGCUGUAUGAGAAGUACAACGACCCGUGUGCGGGGACUCUCGGUGGCAGCAGUGGCGACCCUGUUGUUGAGAUCUGCCUGCCCUCGUGA